AUGGCAAGCACCGUUAAUCUCGAGUAUCGCGGUCCAGUCGCAAUCAUCACUCUCGACAACCCGAAGAAACUCAACGCGCAAAGCAAAGACGGGUUCUACCAAGUCGCCAAAUAUCUCCGCGAAAUCUCGACACGCGAUGAAGUGACUAUCACUGUACUGACAGGUGUUGGACGAUACUUCUCAGCAGGAGCCGAUGUCUCUAUUUCACGCGCCACGCCCCCUGGCACGGAUGUUUUCCGCCACGGCCUGCAACACACGGUAGCCAAUAACCUCAACAUCACGCGAGCCUUUUACACCCAUCCAAAGAUCCUAGUGACAGCUUUAAAUGGACCCGCUAUCGGACUCGCCGCUGCACUGAUUUCGUUCUCCGAUUUCAUAUACUCAGUCCCUACAGCAUUUGUAAUGACACCUUUCAGCAGUUUGGGUCUGGUCGCCGAAGGCGGAGCAAGUUAUGGAUUCGUUCAGCGCAUGGGAAUUUCAAAGGCCAAUGAAGCCCUGAUCCAGAGCCGGAUGAUCCCAGCAGACCAAUUACUCAACGUGGGAUUUGUCAACAAGAUCAUCUCACCAGAAGCAUUUUUGGAGGAUGUCUUCAAAGAGAUUGAUGAUACAAUGGGAUCUCACUUGGUUGGCUCAAGUAUGACGAAAAUUAAAGCUUUAAUUCGGCUUCGUCAGAGGCGCGAGAUGGAUGAGCAGAAUGUUGCGGAACUAUUUGAGGGAUUGGACAGACAGGUUCAAGGUAUUCCUCAGGAACAGUUUGAAAAGAUUCGGACCGGUACGAAGAGACACAAACUAUAG